AGAACCACCACGUAAACUCCGCAAAGUAUAAUUCUAUGACGUAGCACAUUUACAAAUCUUUCAGAAUCUAAACUUUUUUAUAUAAACAAUAAGAAAACUUCAAUUCAAAGAUGCAGAAGUGUAAGGGGCUAUUGUGCGCGGCGCUCAUCUUUUGCGCCGCUCUAUCAGAGACUAUUGGAUUAGUCAUUGCGGCUAAAGAGAAGCGAGGCUGGACUCUUAACAGCGCUGGCUACCUCCUCGGUCCCCAUGGCAUAGACAGCCACAGGACCCUUAGUGACCGCCAUGGCCUGGCAGGGAAGAGAGACAUGCCUGUAGAUGAGGACUUCAAAACAGGUGCCUUAAGACUAGCAGACGAGGAUGUAAUACACACCAUCAUUGACUUCUUAUCAUACCUGAAACUUAAAGAACUCGGUGCCCUGGACACCCUGCCUUCCUCUCUUGCCUCAGAGGAGAUGCCGUAGCUUGGUGUGACUCCACCCCUCAAAUCUCUUCUGCAGUUCUCUCCCCCUCCCUCCCUCC